AUAGCAUAACAACAACAUAAAUCAAUUAGUAUAUAUAUUAAAUAAACCAUUAUAACAACAACAAAAAUUGGAUAAAAUGAGUACGUACCGCUUGAUAAUCAUCAUAGUAAAUACUCUCUUCUUGGAUAAAAUCGGCCAUUUUUUAAGGAUCCGGACAGAGAUUCAACGGUUUUUAGUGAAAACCAAAGAAUUUUUUAUUGAAAGCAGAUCGGACUUAGCCGCAACCAACAUAACAACUACUUCCAAGUUUUUUGGGUGUGGAGGGGGAUGGGUAGAGUGAGAAACUUAGAGAGAGAGAGAGGAGAUUGGGGGUUUGGUGUGCAGAAAAUGAGAGUAAGGGGUGGGUUUAUAUAGGUAAGGAACCGCGUGCUGGAGGGGCUGUUUGGUCUUUUUACCCCACCAAAAACCGCGCCUCCAGCACACGGUUUACGUUUCCCAACGCGCAAACCGCGCUUCAGCGCAACGAUUUCCCGUGGGCGAUGCGGAUCGCUCUGCUGGCAGGCGGUUAGACCGUCAGAUCGUCUUCUCAUCGUGCGGUUGCAUGGAUCGCCACGUGGAGACGCGUUUUGUUAGCUUCCCAAUGGCAAACCGCCCCUUGCCCGCCCGGUUUAAAUGAGAAUCGCGCCUUAAAAGCGCGGUUUAUGAUUUUUUAUUUAUUUGAUAACCUAGGGAAUCUCAGCCCCACGUGCCCGCUUGAGCGACAACGGGGCCUACUAAAUCACUGGGGGUAUCUGCAUACUAACCAGGGUUUUCUGCUACCAACAUCGGGGAGGCUUCGCCUCCGUACUAAGGGUGCCGCCGAGAACGCUCAAGUGAUGCCACUGGGAAUCGAACUCAGGAUCUCCCACAUCCAGAGCUCAAUUGGUCCAGUGGUUUCACCACUAGGCUAUGUUACCUUUAGCAGGCGCAGUUUAUGAUGGAUAGUUAUAGAUUUGGAAAUUUUUGGGAAUGAGUUAUAUUUUUGUAAUUUACUUUUUAAAACAAUGGUGGUUUUGGAUUUUUUUUUUACUUUUCGGAUACUUGCCUCCAGUCGACCGGAAAGAAAGAGUCUCCAAGCCCAGAAAGAGCUCAUGGGCCUGCACCGAAUCCAAUAGGCUGAACCCGAACAAACCCAUCAAAAGCUCGACCAAGACAAUAAUGAAACGCCCGCGCCAUUGUUCGUCAUCCCCCUUUCCACUCUCCAGUCUGCAGUUCAGACACUUCGAGAAGCUAUUAGAAACUUGGAGCAAAGAAACCAAGAACCAAACGGGAAGAGAGAGAGAGAGAGAACAAGAAAGAGAGAAGCUCAUUCUUCUUCCCUUCCAAUCCAUGGAGUGGUAAGUCGUAAACAACCAGAAAAAGACUCCAAGGUCAGAAAGAACAAGAGAAGGCGAAUCAAUGGCGGCGGCGGCGGAAGAAAUGCGCAACUGCAAGUCGAGAACAGUGAAGCUUCUGUGCGCUGCGCUGUCCAAGAUAGUACCGUACGAGGUGUGGGAGGAGCAGAGGCUGGACCUCGGCUCCAUAGCAAGAGCUUUAGGGCUGGAGCCAUCGACGUUGAAGCUCAACGGUCACCUGAUCGGCAGGGGCGCUAAUCUGAUGUCCUCAGUGACGUGGAAGUCGCUGCUGAAUUACUUCUCCGGCAAGGGCCUCCCCACCGGGAAAACCGAUCAAGAUGCGCUGAUCGUCGCCGGGAAGCUGUGUAAAGUUGGGAGCAAAAGAGGAAAGCAAGAUGGUGAACUUGACGAUGGCGGCAUUGCUGGAGCGGCGCAAACUGAAGACGCCACCAAUUUGGUGAAACACAAGAAGUUGAAGGGAAGCGAUCGUACAGGCGGGCAAGGGAUUACAUGGAACGGGCAUGCACUGAAGAGGAAGCAGGUGACCAUGGAAGAUAUCGACUCGAUGAAGAAAUUGAAAAUCAAUGAGAGCAGUCCUCCUUCAGACACCGCACCAAGGAAGAACAAGGUGGUUAUGGCAGCCGCCGGCAUUACUUCCAGCAGUCGGUCGAAAUGCAGAUACCUGAAACGGAAGAGCGAAGAUGAUGUACUUCUUGUUGCUUCGCCUUGCAAAAGGAUUCACUGAACACGCUCCGUUUCCAGUUGAUGUUCAUCAUCAUCCUCUAUCGAUCUACCAAAAACAAGAGAUGUAGAAAGAUAUAUGACAGACGACUUGAACUUUUACCUGUGUAUAUCUUCAAUUUUGUUGAUUCUGAAUCUGUGUGGGAACGAACGAAACACAUAUCAGCUUUCGAAACUUCCCUCUGUAAUCAAUGUCUCUAAGCAAG